AUGGAAAUGAGGAGUUCGUUUCUCUCCCACAUGCUGAACAGCUGCUUCGGAGACGCCACGUGGCUCCGUUCCGUGGUCUCCGCGACGGGGGAGGUGGGGCUUUUGGUGACGGACACGCUUCCGCUGAUGCCGUACUUCUGGGCCAUCGUCCUCAACGAGGAAUGCUGCAAAUCCAUGGAGAAACUCUUCACGGCUUUGGCCAAGGCCGAGUGCGGCCUGGGCUUCCUGGCCAAAGGGGAGGUCCAGAGGGGGACGCGGUGCCUGGCCCAGUGCGACAUCGGGGAUGGGGGCAGCGCCUGGAACAGAUGCUGGGUGCUGGAGCCCCUGGGCGACCUGGGCGUGGUCUUCUUUCUGGACUUCGGGCGCUGCGCCAGCGUCCCCUUGAACUCGCUACGCAAGCUGGACGGGGAGCAAUUCUGGGAAAUCCGCCCUCUGGCUCAGCCCUUCAUGCUGGAGGAA